AAGAAGAAAAGCAGGUGAGACACUACAGUGGAGAGUCUGUUUGAAUAGAUCAAAGGUUAGUUUGUCCGAUGUGUGCAGGAGGUCACAUAUGACAUGACUGGACUCAUCAGGGAACCUAAACAAUGGGAAUAAACCAAGUGAAAUGACAUCACAGCCGUAGUAUGUAAACUGGCAUUAAUGGACAAGGCAGGAUAAUCUGUGACUCACCAGCAGUGAUAAUGUGAGGGAGCAAUUCCUGUUAAACAGCCUGCGCUGCCUCUGCAGGGAGCAAAAGAUCAUUAGGGACCCGCAUCACGCUAAUGAGGCCAAAGUAACCUGACUCCGAGGCUGCUGAACUGAAAGGAGUUCAGUCGGCUGCAGCCAAUGGACGGAGGUGAGACAGAGACACGGUGGUGCGAUGCUGAUGAGGCCAUGAAACAAACGCAGGGGCUUUGGGCAGAGAUGGAACGGGACGUGGAACCAGCCAAGGAGCUUGAGGUCUCAGACACGGAGGAUGUGGAGAACCAAGGACACGCUGACCUUCCAACUGCCUGUCGUGGAGACGUGACUGAGUCUCAAACACCCAGGGAGGAUUUGAGUUCUCCAAACAGUGGUGGCGCUGUGUUCCACCAUCCUGCUCACCCACUGAAGGAGGAGACCCUUCAUAUGAUGGAGGAUGCUUUGAGUCACACAGGUUCUGCAUCCGUGUCACACUUAGCACGUAACAAAAGCCUGCGCCAGGACUUUGACUCGGAAUUUGAAGAUUCUGAUAUAGAGUUAGACCCAGAUGGCCUUUAUCCACAUCAGCAGAUAGAGUCCACCAGUCAACACUGCUUCCUGAUACAAAGCCACACUGAGCUCUCAUCGCUUCUACAAGACGUUGCCCGGUUUUCUUUCCAGGAAGUGCUUGAGUCACCAGGUUGCGUGACAUUAUCUGACCAUCACAAACGUCUCAGCCAAGAUAAGGAUAACCCUCUCUCCUUCCAAAAUGCCAUGGAAACACUGAGAGACAUCAGGCAAGCCUACCAGGAUGCAGAGAGGGGAAGCAGAGGAGGUUCAUCUCUGCCGAGCCUGAGAGACAACAGGAACAGGAGAUGGAACCGGGUGGAUCCUGCUCCCUUUCUGAGUCCAAGAAGCUCCCAUGUGCCAGUGCCCCCCAAACACAGGCAGAGAACACAAAGCGAGGUCGCUGCGUCUCAGUCCCUCCCUGGCCUUCUGCCCGUCACCGAGUCCGGCCAGCUCAGCCAGUCGGCACCGAGCGUCUUGGAACCACUGUCCUCGGACAUUAUGCUGCAGGCCAGGGCCCACGUCCAGAGCCGGCUGGGUUCUCACAGUGCUGUCAAUGACCAAAAGGGUCUCCUGUCGGCUUUGCAUCCCAGAACCCCCAAGCUAUUAGCGCCACUGGACAGGAGGCCAGUGCUGCCAGGACUGAAGCAGAAGGUCCCCUUAAAGCCCAUCAGCCCUUUAUCCUCUAUGACACGGCUGAGGAGAGAGAGGCUGUCCUGGGGCAUUAAGGGUGGCAGUGAGGAGAGCGGCUCCAGCAGCAGCAGCACUCAGAGUUCCAUGGACAUGGAGGAUGAGGAUGAAGAAGAUGAUGGGCAUAUACAGGGGAGUUCAGAAAUUGAUGUUGGGAAUUUGUCCAAAGACAGGCUGCUGAGACGUUUGAAGGACAGGAGCUUCACUGAGACUGAUUUGGUCGGAGACACAAAGCUGCAUUUUAUGGUUCAGUCAGAGACCGAGCACAUUCCUCCGCUCCUCAGAUCAGCAAGUGAGCUGCUGUGCAUUGAAAAGCUUUCAGAUUGUGAACAUGAUGAAUCCGCAAUUAUUAAUGAUGCAAAACAAGAUGGCACUAUGGAUGAUAUUAAACACUCUAUGAAAAUUAAUAUAGAGGUCACAUUAGGGGCCAAGGAGGAAAAUCACAAUGUGGCCUCCGCUUCAGAGCCUGAUGCAGAGAUCACACCUGAAAAUAGAAGUAAGAUUAUAAAUGAAGAGGCUGAAGACAUGAGGGUGCAUAAACGGGUACUUGAAAAAGCUAAAGAUGCAGUGAUGAAACCCAGCACUGCUGUGGCAAAGACUCAUCAGCUCAUUUCUGCUGCACACGUUGACCUGAAGAGAGGUGAGAGAAUGGGGAAAGGCUUAAAGCCAGGCCAAAGCAAGGAGAGAAGGAACAGCGAAAACUGUGAACUGAGAGCAAAGAAUCCAAAUAAUCAGGAUCGAAGCCUCGUAGGUCAGAACAAGUCCAAAAGAAACCGGACGUUCUCUGCAGAAGUCAAAGAUAAAGUCAAGGCCAAAGCUGCACCAUCGCCUGGAAAAAAGGCCAUUUAUCAUCCACAGAAAACAAGAGCUCAACAGCACAUAGCGCAUAGUGCCUGUCACUCAAAGAGCCUCAGUGCAGCAGCCACAGCCAGGUCCAAAUCUGCCGCGGACUUCAUCACCUACACGGACAUGUUUCAGCAGAUACAGAGCGGAGACGAGGGGCCGGCCAUCUAUGAGAUGUUUGCAGGUCCGCUCUAUGACAACCUCCGGGUCUCCAGCAGCUGUGAGAGAACGCGUGGACCAGCGUCCUGCGAGCCGCUGUCUCGCAGGACUCAGCGGACGCACAAACUCAAACACAGGCCCCUGAAACAACCUGCGAGCAAGAGGAGAAGCCCCAAGGAGACGACAGUGGUUCCGCCUAAACAUAAAGCAAAACGCGCGUCUUCUACAGCAACGCCUCGCGUCACAUCUCUAUUAAGGACUGGCUCUAGUAAUGAGAACCAUUUGCCCAAACUAGACACAGAGUUAGUUCCUUCUAAGCACAUCCAGCUCUGUAGUGAUAACUCUCGAGAAAACCCUGAAGAUCAUACGUUAUCUACCAUAGAGGAGGCACUUUCGAAAUAUGGCUUUGACACAUUAAAAUCAGAUGAAAAACCGCUGACUAGGCCGAAAACCGACAGUCACACCCACACGAAAAUACAGGAAACACCUCGGAAUUUAUCAACAAACCUAAACAGAACAGUUCCUGAAUCAGUGUUACAUCAAAGCCAACUGAUGAUCAACACCUGGACGUCUAGCAGCUGCAACACCAUCAUGUCACCAGUGUAUCAGAGGUUUCUGGAUGAGGCGGGUGAUGGGCCACUGACGGAUGACCUGCUGCAAUGUCUGGCGGAGGAGCUGAUCUCACUGGAUGAAAGGGACGUCUCCAUAACCCCACACUCUGAUGCCCUGAAAUCAAGCAAACAGAAUUCAAACAGAGAAGGUUCAGGAUGGGAUGAGGUUCCUGAGGUUGCGUCAGGAGACAAUAUUGUUAGACUCGGCUCUGGUUUGGAUGUAGAUGACACCAUCACGUGGACAAAGGGUGAAGUGCUCGGCCGAGGAGCCUACGGCACAGUCUACUGUGGCCUAACCAGCCAGGGGCAGCUGAUCGCCGUGAAGCAGGUCAGUCUGGACGCCUCCGACCCUGCUGCUGCUGCACAGAGGGAGUACAACCGCUUGCAGGAGGAGGUGGAGCUUCUUAAAGCUCUGAGACACGCCAACAUCGUGGGCUUCCUGGGAACCUCGCUUCAUCAGCACGUGGUCUCCAUCUUUAUGGAGUACAUCCCAGGAGGAUCCAUUGCUAGCAUCCUUCACAGGUUUGGCCCUCUGCCAGAGCGAGUCCUGGCUCUGUACACGCACCAGAUCGUGGAAGGGGUGGCCUACCUGCACCUCAACAGAGUGAUUCAUCGUGACUUGAAAGGAAACAAUGUCAUGCUGAUGCCCACUGGCGUCAUCAAGCUCAUAGACUUCGGGUGUGCGCGACGUCUCAGCUGCCUGAACCACACCGCUGGCGGCAGCGGAGACCUGCUGAGGUCUGUCCACGGCACCCCGUACUGGAUGGCACCAGAGGUCAUCAGCGAGACAGGCUACGGCAGGAAGUCGGAUAUUUGGAGUGUGGGAUGCACAGUGUUUGAGAUGGCCACAGGGAAGCCACCGUUGGCAAACAUGGACAAGAUGGCCGCCAUGUUCUACAUUGGGGCUAAGCGAGGUCUGAUGCCCUCCCUGCCAGACGGAUUCUCGGAAAACGCUAAAGAUUUUGUAAAAACCUGUUUGACAAGUAACCAGAGGCUACGACCAUCUGCAGGUCAGCUGCUGAAACAUUCAUUUAUCUCCAAACACGACGGUGCAGGAAACUCCUGGGAAACCCAUAAAAAGAACCGCUGCAGUCACUCAGGACGGUGCUGCUAAGUCUCGCUGACACAGCUUGAAGUGAUUGUUCAAAUUAGCUCUUGACCUUAAUAGAAUCUAUAAAAUGUGAAGCUUUGUGCCAGACUACUGCUACCACCUCUGGGUAUUAUUUUUUAGACUUAGUAAUGUGCCAAUGUUAUAAAUUCACCAAUUUAUGAUUAGGUUUGUGUUGUUUGGAACAUUUAAGGUUUUAAUGGCAUUUCUGUCAUGUACAGAUAUAGUGAACUAGCAUCUGCAUUAGACUGGAGUUUGCCUACACUAUAGAAUAAUACAGGUGCUGGUCAUAUAAUUAGAAUAUCAUUAAAAGGGUUAUUUACUAAAAGUGAAACUUGUAUAUUAUGUAUUCAUAUGUAGAGCUCAGAAAAUUUGAAUUUUUAAUACCAAUACAAAGGAUUUUUAGAAAUCGUGGCCAACUGAAAAGUAUGAGCAUAUACAGCACUCAUUACUUACUUGGGCUCCUUUUGCCUGAAUCACUGUAUCAAUGCGGCGUGGCACUGCUCAGGUGUUAUGAGCCCAGGUUGAUCCGGUAGUGGUCUUCAGCUCUUUUACAUUGUUGGGUCUGGUAUAUCUUCCUCUUCAUAAUACCCCACAGUAUGGGAUUAAGGUCAGAGGAGUUUCAUGGCCAAUUAAGAACAUGGAUACCAUGUUCCUUAGCUUUAGCACUGUGUGCAGGUGCCAAGUCCUGAUGGAAAAUGAAAGCUGCUUCUUCAUGAAGCUGGUCAUCAGCAGGGAGCAUGAAGUGCUCUCAAAUUUCCUGGUAAACGGCUGCUUUGGCCUUUGACUUCAGAAAACACAGUGGACCACCAGCAGAUGACAUGGCACUAAACCAUCACUGACUGCGGAAACUUUACAUGGGACCUCAAGCAAUAUGGAUUCUGUGCCUCUCCUCUAUUCCUCCAGACUCUGGGACCCUGAUUUUCAAAGGAAAUUUAUCAGAAAACACAGGUUUGGGGCACUUAGCAACAGUCCAGUCACAAGUGACACAAGGAAUGCGACUGCUGAAACCCAUGUCUUGCAUACAUCUGUGAAUAGUUGUUCUUGAAGCUCUGACUCCAGCUGCUGGCCCCUCUGUGAAUCCCUAACCCAGACACAUAUGUGAAUGGGUUUUGUUUCACAAUCAUCUCCAGGAUGCAGUUAUCCCUAUUGUUUGUACACUUUCUACCACAUCUUUCGCUUCCCUCGCUAUUAAUGUGCUUGGACACAGAGCUCUGAACAGCCAGCCUCCUUUCCAAUGACUUUUUGAGCCUUGCCCUCUUUGUGCAAGGCGUCUGUGGACAACUUUAAAGUCAGCAGUCUUUCCUAUGAUUGUGUAGCCUACAAUAAAGUAGACUGAGAGACCAUUUAAGGGCCUUUGCAGGUGUUUUGAGUUAAAUAGCUGUAAAUAGUUUUCAAUAUUCUAAUUACAAUUCUAAAUGUGGGUUUUUCAUUAGUUGUCAGUUAUAAUCAUAAUUAAAAUAAAAAUAUUUGAAAUAUAUUAGUGUGUAAUGAAUAAAUAUAUAGAAGUUUCACCUUCACUGAAUGGAAUUAGUGAAAUAAAUCAACUUUGAUAUGAUAUUCUAAUCACCAGCACCUGUACACUGAGCAAUAAUCUAAUAAAAUGACAUCAACAAUGAGCAUUUACAUUAUGUCAUGGUGACGACAUUUUUUGUUUAUUUAUGAUACUGAAUUGUAAAAAAACAAGAUGUAAAGAGUGGCUCAUGCUCAUCUGUCCACAACCAUUGUUGUUCCGUGUGCCCAACUGUAAAACCUUCAAUAGGGGUCCAAAACAAUCCGGCUUUCAAUCCCAUUACAUAUGCAAAAAAUAAAAUAUGAGCAACCCAGUUAGAGAGAACUGGGUCACGGCUUCAGAAAUGAAAAAUGUCUAUUUAAAGUGAUAAAAUGAAUUUUUUUGGAGUGCAAUACAACUAAAUAGAAACGUGAUCAGUUGAGUGAUAUAACCUAUCAAGCACUUCACGUGCAAAUACUUCAGGUUUCUGACAUAUGCAGGAAAUCAUCUUGCAUAUGGCUGAUUGGUCUCUGAACUGGUGCGUUACCAGUUUUGAAAGAGCAAACAAUUUAAAAAAAACUGUAACAGUACCUUGUUAACAUGCUGAUUAAUGUGUGCAUCUCCCUUUGAGUUCAAUGUCCAGUUUAGAAAAAAAAUCUUUUGUACAUCAAAAAUUAAAAAGCAUUAUGUAAACUUGACAAGCAAACUAUUAAUGUCCCUGUGAGUUUUUUUAGGCACUACCUUUCGCAUCCGGCUUUAGGUCUGCUUAGAGGGCAAAAAUAGUUUUUGGUACAUAUUGCAUUACUAAUGGUCUUGUUAGAUGGGCCCCUUUAGUUAAAAAGGACAUCAAUUAAUAUUUCCUGUGAUGAAAAUGCACAAUACAGGAACCUCUAAGAAUCAAACCACUGGUAUGAUGCAAUCAUUCAUCCAAUGAUUAACAAAUAAUAGUUCAACAAAAUAAGAGUCUUUUAUAGGUAUUAUAGUUAUCUUGUUAUACUUACAAGCAGCUCCAAACCUGAGUAGUCAUAGUUUUUUUUUUAAACAUACAAAAACGUAUGUACAUUUAUCUCCACUUCCUGUAAACAGUAAGUAAGCUUUCUCCUUUAAAUCCCUUUGAUGAUUGAAACAUGCAAAUCAUACACACUGUACUGAAGUAUAAAAUGAAAUCAGGAUAAGGAAGUAAUUAAGGAGAUGAAAUUUAA